AGUUCCAGUCUCCGUUUUUGUAGCUAGCAACACGCACAGUGAACUAAACAAUGUGCAACAGGAAAUUACAAGGGUAUGUUCCUCUCUUGAUCUUCCUCCCAGAUAUGACGGCCUAAUGGCUGAAAAGAAAUAUGAGCUGGUCCUUGGACCUAGAAGAGACAGUAGUUUGAAAAUCAGGCACCAACCCUGGUAUCGAGAAAGGUUGAAUACAAAAUAUGACCACAAACCGCCUCUGAUAGCUUCUUCAUGGACCUUCCUUAAAGAUGGGUUGGAUGAUUUCAGAGAUGGAAAACCCCCACCUAUGGAAACUGUCAUAAUUAAGGGAACUAAAGGUAUUACUCCUAACCUCUUUGGCUCUGAUACCUUUAUUGGCAAAAAAUCAAAGCAGAGAUUAUAUAAAGGUGCAAAGAAAGAAGACGCUGUCUUUUCUAAAUGUCUUCCGAAUCAGGAAAAAAGAAAACAAAAAGUGCAACUUGCGGAAGAUUACUUGCUUAAUCAUCCACUUGCUUUGUACCCACACAUUGAAGAUUCUGUGCCACCGGAUUUAUUUGAAGAUAUUGUUGAUUUACUGGAUCCAUCACUUGCACUAGCAGCAGAUGACUUUGAAGAGGAAGACGUGAUCAUUCCUAACACAUUUAAAAGAGAUGAGCGAUUACCAUCUAUAAAGAGUAACAGUACGAUGAGUUCUCCAAGAGAAACAUGUUCAGAUUACAAUAUAGCCAUGAAAGAACGAAGGAAAAACUGUAGAAAAUUAAACAAGAAAAUUGCAGAGGAAGAAGCCAAUAAGGAGGACAAAUCUCGAAGUUGCCGAAAGAAAACACAACCGCAUUUGACAAAGAUUGAAGGUGUAACAAAAGACUUUUGUAACUGGGUUAGAGACUUGGGUGGUACCACCAACAACAUCGAAGAAGCAACAAUAAACAAUUUAUUUGCCAGCGGUUACGACACCAAGCCAACCUUAUCUGUUCCUGUGCAUGUUGUUGAGCUGACCAACGUCCCACCUGAAUUGCGAGCCGAUGGACAUAUGUUGGAUCUGGAUAAUGAUGAUGUACUGAAAAGUCAAAAAGAGACAUCGUACACCCCAAAGUGCGUGAACAUGAAAUACGGUGCAUGGUACCUGAAUCCAAAAACAUGGAAAAUUCAACCUUUUAAUCAGCCUUUGCAGGAUCCUAAGGAAAUAGAAAGUAAACAAAUUUCUGAAGCGAAAAAGAACAGUAAGGAACUGGACCAAGUUUUAUCAAAUUUACAUGGCGCUAAAUCUUUCCGAUCUUUUAUUGAGAAAAAAGGUGUUCGGAAUCCAGAGUUUUUAGAGGGUGUGUCCACGGACAGUACUAAUGAGGCAAAUAUCGUAAACGACGCAUGGAACGCACGUACACCAAGUGUAGCGAAUUAAUAUGUUACCAUGGUGGCGUAAUGUUUUAAUUUAUUUUUUAUAUAAAGAUGUAAAUUAAUUUCUUGGAGUAAUGUAUCAUAGCGUUGUAAUAUAUGCUUGCUAACUAAA